AUGUCAGGACCGGAGGUGAUCGGUGCAGUGGCUGGAGUGGCCGGGCUGUUCACUACCGCCAUUGAGUGGUUCGACUACAUUUACGUUGCCAAGAACGCAGGCCGGCAACUCGAGUCACUUCUCUUGAAACUCGACAACGCACAGCUGAGACUCACGCGAUGGGGCACUGCUGUCGGCCUCAACGACUCUGAAUCUCCGUCGCUGGACGAGGAAUACCAGCAACACGCUGAGGCAACCUUCAAGUUCAUCAUAGACGCUUUUUCUGAGUGCCAGAGGCUGUGUCACGAGGACCGCAAAGAAUUGAACAAGACGGAAGAUGACGAGAUCAAGCCCUUCGGAUCAGACUGGAGUCUAAUGAAUCGCUAUCUCCACGACAAGAUGCAGCGGAUCGUGAGGGGUCGCAAGAACGGCAUGUCGACGCUACAGAAAGCCAAGUUCGCCGUAUACAAGAAGGAUCGUUUGGUGAAACUCAUCAAGGACAUCAAUGACCACCUCGACCAGCUCUAUCGCGAUGCUCCAAUUGAGGAUGAGGAGCAGACUCGGCUGGGGAAGGCUGAGCUGGAUGAACUCAUCCAUGUAUUGAAGGCAUUACAAACCGCUUCUGGGAGUGACAAACUUCUCGAAGGCGCUCUGCAGAGUAUCCUCAAUCAGAAGGCGGGUCUAUGA